CUUAAUAUGGUCGUUACCGAACACGAUGUAAAAUUUAUCAAUUUCACUCUUCAUAUUUACGCAUGGCACAUCCAGUAUUUUGUGGUUUUAAUAAGAUACGCGACUUGCGCGGCUUCUAGGCGGCCAGUGGGAGCAAUAUUCAAACGUUCAAACCGUUAGCAAGCUCGUCCGGGUUGCAGGAUGGAGGUGUUGUGGUGUGAUGUUACAAUUGUGAGCGAGUUGUGCGUUGUUGUGUGAGUUGUGUGAGCGAGUUGAAAUGUGUUCAUUUGUUUGACUGCUUGUGAGUGUAGCUGGGAGAAAAGACACCACUCUGGAACCAGACUGUACGCUGAGGUGCCAAAAAAAAUGUGGAUGCCAUCACGCACAUCUCGACGAAAUGUCAGUGUCCCCGUGAGUGAGAGCCAGCAAGCAAUACGUUCCGUAAGGUACAGCGGCGAAACUAACAAUGUGAGGGCAUCGAGGGUAGCCGGUACCCUCAGUCAGGGCACGACAAUACGAGUAACAGCGGUCCAAUGCUCUUGGAACACGGCGCGUUUCUAUCCCGCAAUUCUCAAACAAGUGGUUCGGAUGUCACGGACAUUUAUGAAGACGCUUCCGAUGAAGGUAUAGAAGGAGAAGUACAUGUGUUACACCAGCGAGGGUCACAUAUGGCUCAUUUGAGCAACGCUUGUACGGAACAGGCGUUACCGAUGGCAAAGUGUCGAUGACUAAAGUGCAUGGACGCUUGUACAGAUGUUCAGUCAGAGGUGCAAUUCUGAAGGACACUCUCCACUAACAUACAUGGACUUGAGCGACGUUCAAGAAAAUUCUGUCACGCCAACUUCUGCAGCAUGACUGUUCUCCCGAACUGAAAGACCUCCCUUGUAUGUCAAGUGAGUCAUUGUUACAGAACAUGAUCACUCUUUGUUGAAAAUAGGAGAAAUGCUGUCACGCUGUCUCUGCUGCAGCGUCAAAAAUCGCAGACCAAUCCAAGAUGUGCCGCCUCCACCUACUUGGCAACCUUAUUCUCACCUGAAUGAAGCUGGGCAUCCGGACCCUGAAUUUCCCAUCGGGAGCCGCUGGAUGAACUUGACACUUUAUGCGCUUCAUAUCGCUUACGACAUUGUCACACAGAGUCCCACACAGCCCGCCAAGUAUACAACGAUGCAAUGGCAGACGAGGGAAAUGAAUGAGCGUCUACUUCAGCCAGUGGGGCAGUCAGCCCAGCUGUCUCAGUCCCAGCGAAUAAGGCAACCAGACGCACAAACUUCACAGUAUGCUGUGCGUAUCCCAAGCAGAAAUCAACCAGAUGAGUGGCCCCUCCCCCGUACUGCUGCAGUGUAUAUCCUGCACAUGAUGCCAACAUCUUGCAGCGGAGCAGAUGCUUUGCACAUCGGUCACAGGUCUUAGGGUGUUAAUAGGUGCUUCUCGAGGGCUGUCUCAGGAGAUCUCCCCACACCGGAACUCAAGUGCUCAGAAUGGUGGAUACCAUGAAGCUUAUUCAGGAGCACCACACCGUGCGGCUUGACCUCAUAUUGGCCAAGUUAACAACGGCACCAACGGAAGGGCCUGCAGAAAAUGACAUCUUCAGGGAGCCAUUCUAAUAUCGUCAAGAACUUCUGCGAUUCGAUGUCUCUCUUUAUCAUCACAAAGGCUAUAAUUGGUACGUUCUGCACAAUCCACGCGCAUUGUCUACAUGUAUUUUGGAUAAGGUUGUGCGUAAAGUUCUGUUUUCGUCAGUUGAGUAUCUCAUGGCUUUUCUUAAUGAUGCGCGAGCACGUUCUUCUGAGAUGUGGGGGCACUGACGAAAGAGACAUCACUAGACUGCUUUGUGUGAACUUAUGUCAGAUGAUGUAGCACAGAACUUCAGCUACAAGGGUCGUAAAGGGAAAAAAAAGAACUUAAGCGCCCUCAAUCUGGGGCAAGCUUGUCAUUCGUAUGUACUUUACUCUGUAUACUAAAGUGCUCAUAACACUCAAAUCAUCCAUUUGCAGCCUUCAAACUGUCUUGUCAAGUUCUCAUGCAUGCUCAAACGACUAGAAUGUAGCCCGCUCGAAGCUUCUGCUUGCCAAAAGUGCAGAGGGGAGUUAUACUGUGAUAUUUUCUGGAGCAUCGUUUACCUAAUUGAAGUACUGUAUACAAUAUUUCCUUGUGAUCUGACUUAAAACGUUGUUCCUUAAAACUCUAUUAUGCGAGGUAAAAAUCGAAGACUUUUGUCAUGUACAGUAUGUGUCAGCCACAUAUGAUGGAACGAGGAAUGUAACAAGAAAAGGCUAUAAGUGUUGUAUAUCAAGAACAGUUGUUGAAUGUUUCGAAAAGUGGUAUGUUUUGGUCACAUGUAUCUUUUCCUUAAGACAAAUUAAAUAGCUGUGAGUAAUUGCCUAAUAAUGCCUUACGUAGACGACGUUCGUAGCAAAAAGAUCGCGAAAUUACCACAAUACGAAAUAACAUCAGAAGUGACAAUCUGUCACGAGCUUUGUGCCUUUCGAUAAAAUAGCGUCCACGCUUAUGUGAAAAAAUGUCACCUUUUCUGUGGAUUUCCAAGUUGUAACGCGGUGCAUUUUUCUUGAAAAAAGAAAAAAAGUGUACUUUGACUUAGGCACAGGGGUAGGUGUUUCUCAAACCAGUCUAUACCUUCUGGUUGACACAUAGACCCUAUAUAAGAAGUGAAAAACUUUGCUUUGUUACCCCUAAGUUAUUUAUUAGCAGCAUUGGGGGAAAACGGGUAGGCAGAUUAACAAGGCUCAUCAGCUGCUGUUCGCGUAGAACGCUUCGCCUGUUUUAAUACCGUGGUUCACAUUAGCUGGGACACCCUGUAUACAAACAUUUCUCAGUUUACUGUUCAACCCACCCUUUUUCUAUUUUCUCUUCUGAGAGAGAUGAGAGAAGUUUGUGAAUGUGUUUGUGAAGCGAGAAUAGGUGGAACCUUGCACCUCCACUGAGUUUCAGAGGUUUUUCCAACAGUGGGGUGUUUAUGUACUCUCGUUUGUAGUACGUGUUGUGUACAAGGCCAUGUGCGCUUAGGAAAUAAAUAUAUUUUACUGAAAUUCCAAAGCAGUAGUUUCAGUGCUCUUCGCCAUUCUGAGCCACGGCAGUGGGCGGGUAGCGGGAGGAGGA